AGCGUGUAGCUGCAAAGCGUGAUGGGAAGGAGAAAGCCCUGGAAGCCAUUUUAAAUCAUAGACUAGUGCAAGUGGGUCCGAUGUAGUUAAUCGAAAUACAGUUAAGCAACGGUAACAUUUGUAGUACUAUUUUUCUUGUCUUCUAUAUGAUUAUAUUUCGUCCUAAAAUAUUAACAUAAAAAGUAACUGUUCAUAUUGUUUCCUCAUACCUGCCACUUGGACUCGGUUGAAUCCGAAUAUGGGAGGAGAUAAACGCAUCAGUCGCACUGAGCGCAGCGGGAGGUAUGGAUCCAGCCAGGGCCGGGACGAUACAGAAUGGCGCGAUCGGCGCGACAGAGACUCUGAGCGGGACUAUGAGCGCCGCUGGAGCGAUGACAGGCGGGGUGAUCGUUACGAUGACCGCUGGAGCCGAGAGAGCCCCGAGAGAGAGCGUAAGUGGUACAACAGCAGUCGCUCCGAAGAUGGCUAUCAUUCCGAUGGGGAUGACCAGGACUACCAGGGCGAGCUGGGAGAGGAGAAGGAGAGCAAGACCAUCAUGCUGCGGGGCCUGCCGCUCCAUGUCACCGAGGAGGAUAUCAAGGCUGCCCUGGACCAGUUGCAAGGACCUCAUCCUUCAGAUGUGCGGCUGAUGAAAAAGAGAACAGGUAUAAGCCGAGGGUUUGCCUUCAUGGAGUUUUAUCACUUGCAAGAUGCUACCCGAUGGAUGGAGACCAAUCAGGUUGCUUCACAAUCGCCAAGUCUAGAUUUUGUCUUAGAGAUUUGAACAAGAGUUUUGAUGAGAAGACUUUAAGAAACUUAUUUGGUUGGAGGGUCCUUUGUAGAAACCUUGUAAUUGUUUUGUGUGAACACCAAUCACAGGCAGUGUCUGAGACACCUGACAUGUCAAAUUACCUUUUUUAUGUUAUUCACUUUAUUCAGUGUUGAGGUUUUGAGUGGAACUAGGAAAUAAUGGUGGACCAACUUUUUUAACUUGUACCUUUUUUAACUUGUACAGAUGUUAAUGAACAGUGGACCCUCUGAAGCUCAGAAUUCAAAAUGUCAGCUUAUUGAGCUUAAGGAAACACAGAUUUUUAAAUAGUCACCUUGCUUGG